CGAAUCGUCGAGAACUGCCAAUUCUUGGGCCAAAUAGUGGCCGUCACUGGCGAUGGCGUCAACGACUCGCCCGCCCUUAAGAAAGCCAAUAUAGGGGUCGCGAUGGGUAUUACCGGGUCGGAUGUGAGCAAACAGGCGGCAGAUAUGAUACUAUUGGACGACAAUUUCGCCACAAUUGUAACGGCCGUAGAGGAGGGCCGA